UCUUCUCCCCCCCUCUGUAGUGCUGAGUAUCCGUGGAGCGCAGGAGGAGGAGCCUCCAGAUGCCCAGCUCAUGCGAUUGGACAACAUGCUGCUGGCGGAGGGCGUGUCCGGCCCGGAGAAAGGGGGCGGGUCUGCUGCGGCGGCGGCAGCGGCGGCGGCGGCAGGGGGGGGCGGGGCCGGAGCGGACAACUCUGCAGAACACUCAGACUACCGCGCCAAGCUGUCCCAGAUCAGACAGAUCUACCACACGGAGCUGGAGAAAUACGAGCAGGCGUGCAACGAGUUCACGACGCACGUGAUGAACCUGCUGCGGGAGCAGUCGCGCACGCGGCCCAUCUCGCCCAAGGAGAUCGAGCGCAUGGUGGGCAUCAUCCACCGCAAGUUCAGCUCCAUCCAGAUGCAGCUCAAACAGAGCACGUGCGAAGCUGUCAUGAUCCUGCGCUCGCGCUUCCUGGACGCCAGGCGGAAAAGAAGAAACUUCAACAAGCAGGCGACGGAGAUCUUGAACGAGUACUUCUACUCACAUCUGAGCAACCCCUACCCUAGUGAGGAGGCCAAGGAGGAGCUAGCCAAGAAGUGCUCCAUCACCGUCUCCCAGGUGUCCAACUGGUUCGGAAAUAAAAGAAUCCGAUACAAGAAAAACAUUGGGAAGUUCCAGGAAGAGGCUAACAUGUAUGCAGCGAGGACUGCAGUGAACGCAGCCAAUGUUUCUUCGCAUGGGAGCCAAGCAAACUCCCCCGCUACUCCAAACUCUGCAGGUUCUGCCGGCUCUUUUAACAUGUCAAACUCCGGGGACUUGUUCAUGAGUGUGCAGUCCCUCAAUGGGGACUCUGGGUACCAGGGAGCUCAGGUGGGAGCCAACGUUCAGUCACAGGUGGAUACUCUUCGCCAUGUUAUCAACCAGACAGGCGGAUACAGUGAGGGGCUGGCGGGAACCCAGAUGUACAGUCCGCAGGGCAUCAACGCGAAUGGCGGAUGGCAGGACGCGGCCACGCCCUCCUCUGUGACAUCACCGACGGAAGGACCCGGAAGCGUUCACUCAGACACCUCCAACUGAUCCCACCCCUCCUCAUCCUUAUCUUCUUGUCCUCACCCUCUCCCCUCUCCCCCCUCCCCCGAGUCCGGACUGAUGAAGGUGGCGUAUGUGAAUUCACAGCAGCAAACCUCUGGGGGCUUGGAAUCUUCUAGAACAAUGUGGUCAUGCCAUUACAAACUAAAUAUUUUUUUCUCGGCCGUCUCCUCCACGUUAAGGGUUUUGUACAGUUUCCUCAUCGUCACGACGACCCCUCGGACAUCGCCAUCUUUGUAUUGGUCCAAUCGCGUUACGUCUCGCCCUCUGAGAACCAAUAGCAGUACACCAGCCCCAAACCCACCCUGGAUCUCACACUACCUCGAUUGGAAAAAAGCAGAACCAACACGCUUGAUCAUUUAAAAUACUUCAAAAUCAACUUUUCUGUUUUUAUUUAAUAUAUUGUAAUCAGUAAUGCCUACUCAUAAGUUUAAGGGUGUAUCUUCCAUUUUUCAUUUCAUUUUACACCACCAUUUGUCCGUCAUGCCAAAGUUGACCUGGAGGUGUUUUUUGAUAAAGUAUGUUGUGUACUCUGGUUACUUGUACUUAUUUAAGGUAACAUUUUGUUUUAGCUGUGAAAACAGUAAUAUCUUUAUAUCCAAACUUCUGCAUUUAUUUGAUAUAUUUCUAUUCCAAAAGAUGUACAAUGAGUGGUGGCAUAAAUCAUUUAAUAUUUUAUUUCUAGUGUACUUUAUUAUCUGCUUUAUUAUCCCAGUAAAUAUACAACUUUUUCUUUCGGUUCUGUAAUUGUAUUUUUUGCAUUGCAAGCAUAACAACUUUAGCGAGUUUAGAAAAAGGAUUGACUCGAUACACUCAACAAAUGACCAAAUUUGAACCCAUCCUAAAGCACAAUAAAGUGUGUAUUGUUUCAACGUAACUGUGUUUGCUGAAAGGGAACAACUGAGUGGAAUACUAUCAUCAAGAAUAUACAUAAUAGUACUCAUAUACGGAGCAAUAAUGUACAUAUACUACAGUACCAACUCUUUGUCCGUGUGCAUUACUGCGAUCAAUACUUUAGCCAAAUACUGCUGGUAACCAAAUCCAUAUGUGGGCAAAAUACUAGGUUGGGUUUUUCAUUUAGUUUUUCUUGACCCAUGUCAGGUUUUGGGAAACAGCGUCAUAGGAGUCUAGCUCAUAGCAUGUCUUCGAAGAAAUGUUUAAUUUUGGUAUUCUUUCGGUGCUGAAAUUCAAAUGGGGUUGUCCUUUGUUUUUUUUUAUAAUAAGACAUUCAUGAAAAAACCUGUCAAAAUGUAAAUUUGAGAUGUGUGAGCUUGGGCUGUGUGUACAGUAUAGUAUUCGGUAUGACACGUAUACAUCAUCACAACUAUGUGUCCUACAGAUAGCCAACACAUACCAUACUUUGAUACCAAAAAAAAAAAAAGACUUGGAUUUGUACAACCUACACGUUGUCACGUCAGCUCACCAGACCUGCGGAUUUGUGAAGGAUUUAAGCGUUUAUAAAGUACUAGAGAGUAUCCACAGAAAUUCUCUGUUUCCCUGCACUGAAGGCCAACAAGAAGUAGCAGGUCUGACAGGAAGUAGAGAGAGAGACUCUGAUCGCACACAGACUCAGAGGCUGUUUGGAUAUAUUUUUAUGCCUCUGAGUUGUAAAUGACUUGUCAUCUCUUUUUCUUCAUUUCGCUCUUCUGUCGCUUGGUGACGGGACCGGGUUUUAUUUUGUAUGCCAACAUAUGUCGACUAGCCCUGGGAAUGCGCUAUAUAUAUUUGUAGAUAUGCACCUUUACUCUUGAUUUACAUGACAUUUUCAAUUUGGACCGUAUUCAGUUUUUUUUAACUAUAUAGCAGCCAAAUGUUUUACCGACAAAUAAACAGUAGUCCCUGUCUCUUGAUCCUGUUUUUAACACACACACACACACACACACACACACACACACACACACACACACACACACACACACACACACACACACACACACACACACACACACACACACACACACAUGCACACACAGUUUUAAUUGUUACUGCCCUAAUAGUUACUGGUAUGCUCAAAAGGUUUAAUAUUGCCCUGUGAAAUGUUUUGGUAUGUUUCAUUUUAAUUGAAACCCCUUCAAAAUAAUAACGAGAACACCCAGAAACUAUUCAAAACUGAUACAAUCCAGAGGUCAGAAUGUCAAACUAGCCUUACUAUUUAUAAUCAUGUGUGAAAACGAUUGUGUUUUUCUCAUGGACGCUGUUUGGCGAUGAGGUGGGGAUUAUUGAUUCUAAAUCGACUGUAUUCAUUCUGAUUAUUCAGAAUUCAAUUAUUGGUUUACCUACCUAUUGAUUAGUUCAUGCACUAUAGUAAUGAUUUGAAAUCAUCUGUCACAUGAUGAAAUAAUGAGACCUUUCCAAAAUGGCUGACCUUUCACAUCGCCUGUCAAAUCAAAUAUGGAAGCUUCAUGUAAUGUCGCUUUUAGUUUUUCUAAAUAAAAGUAAAAAAGGACCUUAAAAAAGGAGGAAGUACAAUUUGUAAAACAUUAAAUGUUUUAUUUGUUGCAUGUCUUUUGUUCUUCAAUAAAAUAACGUACUACGGUGUAUUGAAUGUUACUUACGUUUUUUAAUAAGGAAAAUAGUGGAUUUUUUGGACCCUUUUUUUUCUUGGCGAUUUGAUCUUUUAUCUCUAAAUCUGUACAUAGGUAUCACAUACAGUUCUUGUCUUUUUGAUUCCAACUUGUUUUUUCCUGUGGAGGAGAAUUAGUUGAAAAGGUGUUUUAAGGUUAAAAGGUGUCUUCAUUUCUACUGGCGAUGAAUAUUCCAAAUAAACUGUUUCUUUUGUUGCA